AUGCUACCAUCAUUCCUCCUCGCAGCUGUUGCCUUGCUCCCAGGAGCUUUGUCUCUUCCACAAUUUGGGGAUGUCCUUCAUGGGGAAGACUCAAACGCAACUCUAGAGGCUAGACAGGGCUACUAUUGGUCAUUCUGGUCUGAAGGAAGUGGCAACUGGAACUGCAGGAACGGCAAUGGGGGCUCUUACACAGCGACCUGGUCGGGCAACAACGGAGGGUUCGUCUGCGGCAAGGGAUGGAGCCCAGGUGGUGCCCGGACCGUGAAGUACAGUGGCACUUACGUUCCAAAGGGGCCCGGCUAUCUCGCUAUUUACGGCUGGACUACGAAUCCUCUGAUCGAGUAUUAUAUCAUGGAUUCUCAUGGAGACCUUGCACCUAACGAGCCAUGGACCGCCAAGGGCAACUUUACGAUAGCAGGAGAAGGAACUUACCAAGUGUACACCAGUACUCGAGUCAACAAACCAUCGAUCGUCGGCACAGCCACUUUCCAGCAAUACUGGUCUGUCCGUAAUGAGACCAGAGUGGGCGGAACAAUCUCCACCCAACAACACUUCAACGCUUGGAGGUCAUUCGGCAUGAACAUGGGCAACCACAACUACAUGAUCUUAGCAACGGAGGGCUACACCAACGGCGCGAACGGGCCCAGUGGGACAGCUUCACUCACCCUUAGUUAA